AAAAACACUCUAAAAAACCCAAUCAGCCGCUCAACACCCAAAAGGACCCCCUCCCCUUCCUAGAAUUUCAUCUUCCUCUUCAAAAACACCUGUGAAUCUCAGCUUCAAACCAGUCCAAAAAUGCAGCCAUGAAUAACCCGUAAGCCUCAUCGUUCAGCCACAAAUACCAAUCCCAAAUAGCCCAAAACCGACCAAAUAGCUACUCCAAAAUCCAGCUCUGUCCUACCCAAUAGAGCAACAAAACCUUCCUCAAAAAAUUAAUUGAAAGCUGUUCAAAAAUGCACUAACAACAGACCCGAAAACAGCUCCAAACCAGUGCGAAAAGUAGCUUGAAAGCACCAUCCAAACCCAGUAGAAAUGAGUCUGUUCGAAGAUGCCAGUCUCGUUUUCUAGUCCGUAGCUUGCGUGAGGAUUGAUGUUCUAUAGUUUUUAUUUUCAUUGUAUCCGCUCUAAAAUUUCAGCAGUAAAAGAGUACGGAAUUGAAAAUGAGUGGAACAGGAGAGAAAGGAUCAGCAACCACCAAGACUCCAGCAGAUUUUCUCAAAUCUAUUCGUGGACGACCUGUUGUUGUUAAAUUGAACUCAGGUGUUGACUAUCGAGGUAUCCUAGCCUGCUUAGAUGGAUACAUGAAUAUAGCAAUGGAACAAACAGAAGAAUAUGUAAACGGGCAAUUGAAGAACAAAUAUGGUGAUGCCUUCAUACGGGGAAAUAAUGUGCUUUACAUCAGCACAUCCAAGAGGACGCUGGGAGAGGGAGCUUAGCAUCGUGCAUACGAGUGAUUGGUCCUAAUUAUCCUGGCAGUUUUAAUUAUGUAAUCGGCUUUUCACAACUUGUUUGUGAAUUUUCCUCUGAAUGUUGUAAUUUGUGUAGGUUUUGGUAGACCAUCGAUGUUAUCUUGAUUGCUGUUUCUUUACUGAGUCAAUGUCAUUUUUCCCAUUGCCAAGAUGAAGAAAUAGCAACCUUUCAUGGUGGAUCUGUAUUUGGGUUAACAGUUCCAUUCUGACUUUAUUUGGAUAAAAGAUGCAUAUAUAAUUUACUUGCCUUUGAUUCACCUAA